AUGCCUGGCCAAAAUACCAUCAGGAUAUCUCCUUCAGGAUUGGGCCUUCCUGACAAGGAGUACUAUUACAGAGACCUAGAUGACCCCGUACAGACAGCUUAUAGAGAAUAUAUCAGAGACAUUGUAAUCUACUUGGGCAGUCCAAGAAAUGAAGCCACGAAAUUUGGCACAGACAUGUUUUUCUAUGAAAAACGUAUAGCUGAAAUUACGCCAGACAGAAUCAGUCUAAGAAAUCCCAUCACCACCUAUAACGCAAUUUCUUUACAAGAGUUGAAACAAACUAAUCCAAUUCAAUUCUUUGAUAUUCUGCAAGCCAUGUAUCCAGAAUCUAAUAUCACAGUGAAUACAGAAGUAAUAGUUACGUCUAUGGAAUAUUUAGGGCAGAUAUCCCAGAUUAUAGCGACAACUGACAGAAAAACCAUGAACGGCUAUCUUAUGUGGACCCUUGUUCGAGAAUAUAUUCCCUAUCUAUCUACAAGUUAUACUUCUGCGCUGGAUACCUUCAACUCUGCAUUGUAUGGUACACAGGAACCUUUGGAAAGAUGGGAGAUGUGUGCCAGAUUGGUGAGAAAAUUCAUGGGAUUGGCUACUAGUAAUCGACAAGAACUACUGAAUCCGAUUACAAACUUUACUACUGAAAUUAUCGGAGAUGAAUUCAAUUCCAUUUUGAAUAUAGUAAAAAGUAAAAUCAUCAAAUACCAGAAUUCAGAAUUAUUGUACAAUCACCUGAAAAGUAAAAAAAAGUUGGAAGAAAAAAUGCUGAACAAAGCUUCCGAGGAAGAUACUAUUUUAUCUUAUGCCCUAGCCGAAGUUCCUAAAGUAGAAUAUUCACCUUCAGAUAAUGCAGUUAUAAUACCGAGGAGUCUAUUGGUAGAACCGUUUUUUGAUGAAAAAUAUCCUAGGUUAGUAGCCAACAUUUUUGUGAAUUAUCGGUGA